AUGAACCCUGCAGGUGUUCCAUUUAUUACAGAAGAAGCAGAAGGAGUCAAGCUCUUCCAACCUAUUACUUGCAAAUCUGUCACUCUUCACAAUCGUGUAGUGGUUUCUCCAAUGUGUUUGUAUUCUGCCGAGGAUGGCAUAUUGAAUGACUUUCACUCUACCCAUUAUGGUGCUAUGGCUACUCGUGGUGCAGGUCUUAUAAUCGUUGAAGCAACAGCCGUUGAACCGCAAGGACGUAUCACCCCAUCGGAUUCUGGUCUCUGGAAGGACGAGCAGAUUGAACCUUUAAAGCGCAUUGUUAACUUUAUAAAGUCCCAAGGCACAGUCCCAGGAAUUCAAAUUGCCCAUGCUGGUCGCAAGGCUUCGACACUUCCACCUUUUAUUGGCGACGGCGCUGCGAGUGAGGAAGAAGGAGGCUGGCCAGAAGAUGUUCGCAGCGCAAGUGAACUCAAGUUUGCCGACCAUUACUGUCAACCUAACGCGCUUAGUCAAGAAGGUAUAAAUGAGGUUGUACAAAAAUGGGCUGAUGCUGCCGUCCGUGCUGAUGAAGCUGGAUUUGAAGUCCUCGAGAUCCACAGUGCUCAUGGUUACUUGCUACACAACUUUUUGUCUGGAAACUCAAACAAUCGCACUGACGAGUACGGUGGAUCCCUUGAUAAUCGUAUGAGAUUUCCAUUGGAAGUUGCAAAAGCCGUUCGUGCUGUCUGGCCUGAUCACAAACCUCUUUGGCUUCGUCUUUCUGCUACUGAUUACGCCAACCCUGAUCCCAUGGGACCCGAUGAGAACGGCUGGGAUAUCUUUCAAUCUGUCGAGUACGCAAAAAAAUUAAAGGAAAUUGGUAUAGACGUAAUUGAUGCCUCCAGCGGUGCAAACCUUUCUACUGUUGGCUAUCCACCGCCUUCCUUAUUCCAAAUCGACUUUGCUGAGAAGAUAAAGCGUGAAGCUGAAAUCUCAACUGCUGGAGUAGGAUAUAUCUGUACUGGUAAGCAGGCCGAAGAAAUCCUUCAGGAUGAUAAGGCCGACUACACACUUAUUGGUCGUGAAUAUCUUCGCCGUCCUACAUGGGUUAUGGAUGCUGGUAAAGAACUUGACGUGGAUGUUACACUUCCAAAGCAAUACACAUGGGCCCUGCGUAUGUCCCGUCACACAAACAAGAGUGCGAUGGAUGAGUACUACCUUCAUCAUUCUUCAUCGUAA